CUGCAGCCAUAGCUCACUCUUCAGCCUGAUGUCAAAAGCAAAAGUUCAGAAGUCCUCUGGACAGGCGUCGCUCACCUAACUAGGCAUGCCUGUGAUGUGGCUAUUUUUAAUAACAGCUUGUUUGAUACGUGGAACUUUAAGCACUGGUGGAUUCUUGGAUUUUGAAAAUAAAGUGAAUCCCGAAGUGUGGAUGAAUGCUAGUGAAAUAAUCUUGUACAAUGGCUACCCCAGUGAAGAGUAUGAUGUCACCACUGCAGAUGGAUACAUUCUUGGCAUCAACAGGAUUCCCUAUGGGAGAGCGAAGACUGGGCAGACAGGUCCCCGCCCGGUUGUAUAUAUGCAGCAUGCUUUGUUUGCAGACAAUGCCUACUGGCUUGAGAAUUUCGCCAAUGGAAGCCUCGGGUUCCUUCUAGCAGAUGCAGGUUAUGAUGUGUGGAUGGGAAACAGUCGGGGGAACACUUGGUCAAGAAGACACAAAACUCUCUCCGUAAAUGAAGAGAAAUUCUGGGCUUUUAGCUUUGAUGAAAUGGCCAAAUACGACCUUCCUGGAAUAAUAGAUUUCAUUGUGAAUAAAACAGGUCAGGAGAAGUUGUACUUCAUUGGACAUUCACUGGGCACUACAAUAGGGUUUGUGGCCUUCUCCACCAUGCCAGAACUGGCACAAAGAAUCAAAAUGAAUUUUGCCUUAGGUCCUGUGAUCUCGUUCAAAUAUCCCACAAGCAUUUUUACCAGUUUUUUUCUACUUCCAAAAUCCAUAAUCAAGCAUAUGUUUGGUACCAAAGGUUUCUUUUUAGAAGAUAAGAAGGCAAAGAUGUCUUAUACCAAAGUCUGCAACAAAAAGCUACUCCGAUCAAUGUGUAGUGAAUUUAUGUCCUUGUGGGCUGGAUUCAACAAAAAAAAUAUGAACAUGAGUCGACUGGAUGUGUACAUGUCACACGCUCCCACUGGAUCAUCAAUUCAGAACAUUCUGCAUAUAAAACAGCUUUACCGAUCUGAUGAAUUCAGAGCUUACGACUGGGGAAGUGAGGCUGAAAAUAUGAAUCGCUACAACCAGAGUCGCCCUCCCUUGUAUGACCUGACUGCCAUGAAGGUGCCUACUGCCAUUUGGGCUGGUGGACAUGACGUGCUCGUAACACCUAAAGAUGUAGCCAGGAUACUUCCCCAAAUUACUAACCUGCGCUACUUCAAGCUAUUUCCAGAUUGGAACCAUUUUGAUUUUGUCUGGGGCCUUGAUGCCCCUCAAAGACUAUACAGUAAAAUCAUAAGUUUGAUGAAAGAAUAUCUCUAA